UAAAGCACAUUUGCACUUUUGUUUUGAUUGCUUAGUAUACACCACUCUGGCUUCUGAAGACAUGCUCUGGUCUGCGACAAAGUUGUUUUUGUUUUCGGUAUGUGUUAUUAUUAACAGAGAACACCAACGAUGAUAAUGGAGAGAGAUGUUUGCACACCGGACUUGCGCUCUAUUGCAAAAUGAAACGAGUGAAGUGAUUCGAAAUAUUUUAAUUUCCGCCCUACUUUUGGCUACCGCCGCUAAGGCUGCCAAUAUAAAUAUCUGCGAAAAUGUUGCCGAUAAGAUAUUCUUGGAAGAUGUAACUAACUGCACCAAGUACUACUUGUGCAUGAAUGGUCAACCACAGUCGCGUUAUUGCGCCAAUGGUUUAUUCUUUAAUGCUGAAUCCCAGGCCUGCACUGAUAACAAGACCAGCUGUCUCACAUGUCCACAAGGGCAAAUAAAAAUGGUGCCUUUGGCCAGAACUUGUAAUAAAUAUGUUCUAUGCUACGAUGGUACUCCCGUUAUUCAAUCCUGUUACGAUGAUUUACAAUUCAACCCCGAUAUUGGAAAAUGUGAUUUUGCCACAAAAGUUGGCUGUGUCGACAACUACUGUUCGGUGUAUGAUAACAAUGUUCUUAAUCUUAAAUAUGUGCCGAGUCCCAAUAACUGCAGCAACUACUACAUCUGCAUGAAUGGUAUAGCACAACCGUUUUCAUGUGCCACCGGAUUACACUUCAGUACCAACUGUAACUGCUGCGAUUUUGUGGACAAUGCUAACUGCACCAUUGCUAAAAGCAAGACAUUCGAUGGGUAUGUCAUGGACGAAAGACCAGUUCGUGUUAACACUUUCGAAGGCAAACAUACACAAAAGAAAACUUUCAGAGAACCCAUUAUGGGCGAUUUCCCUUCGCAAGGCGUAGUGAACUCCAAUGUAAAACAUUAAUUGACAGGAUUAUAUACGUGUAUAUACAACAACAAAAACAGCUUUAAAGUUAAAUAAAGUUACAUUUAUGGAAAGUACAAA